AUGAUCGUCCUCCUCCGCAAAGAGCAUCCCUCCCCAGAGCUCAACGCCAUAGCACCACAACCCACCUGCCGCAUCCUCAGUCUCCCAGCAGAGCUCCGAGUCGCAAUCUGGGAGCUCCUCCUAGUCCAGAAAGACUGCUCACGACGCAUCAGCGACAACGGCGAUCGAUUCUGUGCGAAUGUGUUGCGCACUUGUAAACAAGCUUGGAAUGAGGGGACGCCCAUACUAUACGGCGAGAAUACCUUCCUGGCACAUCCCAGUCUGCUGAGCGCGUUGCCGUCGUUUCUAUUGAUCAGGCGGCCCACCAGAGUCAGUCUGCCUCCGGUGAAGCAUCCGCGGAUGCUGCCGUACAUUCGACGAUAUCAUAUACAUGUUCGACUGGAUAUAGAUGCAAGGUUCUCGAAUGGACAGGCUACGGAGAGCUUUACUGGGAUUGAUGUGUUGGAGCUGGAAGUCUUUCAGGCAAUGUAUGGAAGCUGCGACUUUACGAACUUGAAGCUGUUCGAAGGUGUGCGUGGGGUGGGGAAGGUGAUUGUGCAGGGAAGUGUAGGAGAUGGAAGGUAUGCAAAAUGGCUGGAACACUGCAUGAUGAGUCCUGUUGAUACUGAGUUCGCGGCUUACAACGAGGCCUAUGUAGCGGGUGUGCCGGGAUGGGAUGCUUGGGUUAGUGGUGAGAGAAUCAAUGGAGGUGCACCGAAGGAAGGCUUGCCGCAAGGUCUUGACCAACCGCUAUGA